CAUCAUUCUUCUGCAACCUCAACAUGUCCUCAAAUAUUCUACCUCAGCGUCGAGAGAGGUGUCCUUACUGCAGCUGCUUCUUUAGCAUUCAGGGAAUUGGAAAUCACAAGCAAGCUUGCAAGCAGAAGUCAGACCAGCAGUUGUCGGAUUCUCAAUUCCACAAUGAUUUGGACCAGCAGACAAGAGCUACAGCAAACUCAUUCACACCAAUAAACAUUAUAGGAUCUGCAACUUUGGAUUAUCAUAGCACAGAACUUGAAUAUGUCAAUGAAACAUCUCCAGAGUCCUCAUCAGUUGAUGAUCAAGUUACUCCAGAAGAUAACGAUACUUCCAAUGCAGCUUGCUUGAUUCUCAAUUCCAUUGAUCAUGUCAAUCUGAUUGAUGAGAAGAUUGUCAAGGAAUAUCAUCCUUCUGCUAUUUUAGAUCCUCAGAUCUUGCCUCUCAGAGAUUUUUUAGCUGACAGCACAAGCAAGCAGAGUUCACUUUUUGAUAGCCACCCUUGGCAUCCAUUUUCAUCUCAGUUGGAUUUUGAUUUAGCAGAAUUCAUUUUGCAUACAGGCAUGAAUCACCAAGCAUGCAGUGAUUUUUUCAGCAUCAUUGACCAAUGUGGAGGCAGUCAAUCAACAGAAUACACUAUCCGAAAUGAGAAUGAUCUUGCAGAAGCAUGGUCACGGGCAGAGAAUUUGUUUACCAAGUUCAAAAAGGAAACAAUAUCAGUUCCAUAUAAAAAUGAAGUUCGAAAUUAUGAUGUCCACUACCGACCAUUAUGGGAUUGGACACUUGAUUUGUUACGGGAUAAAGAUCUUGCACCAUAUUUUGUAUGGGAUGCAGUUCAUUUAUUUCGGGAAGAUAAAAAUGGCAUUCGAACAUGGUUUUUUAAUGAACCAUGGUCAGGAAAUAUAUUUUGGGAAGUUCAAAGUUCUCUUCCUCCUAAUGGAAAACCUUUAGCAUAUAUUUUGUAUGCUGAUAAAUCAUGUUUAUCUUCAUUUGGUACUGCUAAAGGCUAUCCAAAUUUUGGUGGAGGUUGUGUGGUUGGAUGGCUUCCAAUUGUUGAAGAAGAAGAAGAUCAUAAAGGAAAGCCAUCAUGGAUCAAUUUCAAGCGAGUUGUCUGGCAUGAAGCUUUUUGGAAAAUUCUAGGAUCUCUUGCACAAUAUUCUCACAGUGGUUAUGCCUUUCAACCACCAAAUUCAGACAAAGUUAUAAUCUUAUAUCCUUUUAUUCUCAUUCUCUCUGCUGAUUAUGAGGAACAGUUAUUGUAUGAUGACAUUGACCAGAGGUGGCAGAGCAAAUUAUCCCUGUCCAGUCUGCUUGAUACCAUUGACAAAUCUAUCAGAUCUUUCAAUAACAUAUCCAUUACGGACAACUGA